AAAAAAAAACUACAACCAGAAUUAAAAAAAAACUGAAAAUGAACCGGAGCUUUAAUAAGUCGCAGCCCCUGCGGAACGUGGACUGUAACGCGGUGGAAGUGAAGAGCAAGUAUGGGGCAGAGUUCCGCCGCUUCUCGGUGGACCGGGUCAAGCCCGGCAAGUUUGAGGAGUUCUACAAACUUAUUCUGCACAUUCACCGCAUCGCCAACAUGGAGGUGAUGAUCGGCUACGCUGACGUCCACGGAGACCUGCUGCCGAUCAACAACGACGACAACUUCUGCAAAGCGGUGUCGACGGCUCACCCGCUGCUCAGGAUUUUCAUACAGAGACAAGGUAGGUUGUUUGAAAAAUGGCUCCCUUUGGCUUUGUCUUUAUUGCCCAGCAGAAAUGAAGCUUACUUGCCAUCAGAAUCCUCUUAAAAGUCAUUGUGAUCU